CUCCCUCCCUCGAUCCUCUCCGCUCAACAUGCCUCGUGUGCGCGCGACUGGCGGCGCUUCGGGCAAUUAUGCGCAAUCGCCCGUAAAGUCGAUCCAGAUUCCGCUCAACGACGACGACGAGGAAAAGGCGCAGCGUCUCCAGAACCGGAAAGCAGCCCACUCGCGCCAGAUGUCGUCCAUCAAGGCUGCGGCAGCGACACCGCAACGAAAACGAAAGUCUCUAGGCGGCUUGGGCGAUGGUGGGCCAGCGACGCCGUCUCAAGACGACGAUGAUCCAUAUGGAGUGCGAGGAGACCAUGUGACGCCUAUGAAGCGUGUGCCCAUACUCGCCAACUUCGAGACAUGGAUGAAGAUGGCGACGGAUAAUAAGAUCAAUGCGAACAAUUCGUGGGACUUUGCGCUCAUCGACUACUUCCACGACAUGAGUCUGCUCAAGGAGGGCAACGGCGUCAACUUUCAGAAGGCGAGCUGCACAUUAGACGGAUGUGUCAAAAUCUACACCAGCAGAGUGGACAGCGUCGCAACGGAGACGGGAAAGCUGUUGAGUGGGUUGGCAGACAGUGGAAACAAGAAACGAAAAGGUGGCGACACAGAAGAGGGCGGCGGAGAGGAGGGCGACGACGAAGACGAGGAGAACGAGGAUGGCACGAAAAAGAAGGGCAGAAAGAAGGCGCAGCGAUCAGCAGAAGCCACACUGGCCACAUCAUUCGAGACGCUGAAGCUGAAGAAGAUGGAGCUGGAAUUCUCUGUUGAUCCACUAUUCAAGAAGGCAGCAGCAGAUUUCGAUGAGGGUGGUGCCAAGGGACUUCUCAUGAACCACUUGUCGAUUGACAGCACGGGACGAAUUGUAUUCGACAGCAGUGACGACGCACAAGAUGCAGACGUCGAGGAUACGACAAGGCGAGACAGCAUGGAGCCGGAGGGAGAAGAGCAGCAGAAUAAGACGGUAACAGAGGAGGAGGAGAUCGAGCCUAUGCAGGAGGACGGGAUUGUCGAUGUUGCUGGACUGGGAGCGCGAUUUUUUCCCGAUUUGGAUAUACUAGACGGCCAAGACAUAUGCCCAUCGUUAAAGACGUUUGAGCUUGGUGGCGGAGACGGAUCGCUGGAUUUGCCAUUCCUCAAGGCGCCCGAAAAUUGGCGGGACGAGCAGACUGAUGCCGACACAGAACAGCUCGAUCGGAGUGGCAUCAAUUUGGACGAUCAAACUGCAGCAUUUGGCCACGAUGACGAUGCAGAACCGUUGGGUUUCGACAUGGCCGCAGAUGUUGGCUUUGGUGAGGGAGGAGAGGCGUGGGCGCGCGAUGCUGCUUUACAUCCUCAAAUGCGGGUAUACGAUGCUUCAGCGGGCGCGGAAGCAGGCGAGGACGCAGCAGGUGAGGUGGGCGUAUUCGACAACGACAGCAACGCAUAUGGUGUCACGCUGCAACAUCGACCCCACGAUCAAGAGAACAUCUUGAACUACUUUGACAACGCACUGCAGAAGAACUGGGCGGGACCAGAGCACUGGAAGAUUGCACGCAUCAAAGAAGCCAAUGUCGUCAAGCCUACAAGGACGCGGAAAGAGAAGGAGCCUUUUGAGAUUGAUUUUGCGGCACCCAUGUCGCAAGAAAUGGCCAACUUGCUAUACACGAAUGCGUCCACCAAUGCGAGCAUAUGUCUACCGAAGAAAGAGUGGAAGAGUAAGAACCGAAAUCUGCUUCCCGACGACAAGCACUUCAACUCCAAGGACCUCCUGAAGCUCUUCCUGAAGCCAAAAGCGAAGAUUGGUGCUCGCAGAUCGGGUCCGUCGAGCAAGCCGAUACCACUCCAUGGCGAAGUCGAUGAGGCAUACUGGGCGACGCAUGGCGGAGACGACGCAGCAGUACCACCUCAUCCCAUGGACGUGGACGACGCCGUCGAGGGGGACUACGAUGCAAACUUCUUCCACGACGAUGGACUCCCCAUGGCGGGCGGUGGUGCCAUGGACGACGAUGACGAUGACUUUGCCGAUGCUCGCGAACAAUUCUCUCCGGGCGCAGACGAUGUCGAAGGACCGAUGGGAGCGGGCAUCGACAGUGUGGCCGGGCCCACCGGAGGAGGAGCGGGAGCAGGUGACUUUGGUGCCAAUCUCGUAGCACAAUCGCGACGAUUACGGCCCGAAUACGUGCAAUACGCGCGAGUGGCGAAAAAGGUCGAUGUCCGGCGGUUGAAGGAAGAGAUGUGGCGUGGUAUUGGAUUUGAACAGAGCAGAGAUAUGACACCACCUCCUCACACGCCCGCCUCGAAACGACCCCCCACCACCAUCCCCGCCCUUUCCACCGACGACACUUCGACGCUGCUCUUCACGGACAUUAUGAAUAAUCUCCAACACGUCUACCCCAAGCAGCAAAUGUCCGACAUUAGCACGUCGUAUGGAUUCAUUUGUCUCUUGCAUUUGGCCAAUGAAAAGGGUUUGAUGAUUGAAAAUGUCGAUGGUUGGACGGAUUUGCGCGUCAAGAAGGAUUUUGGGGCCGUUGUUGUUGAGGGGGAUGUUUGAUUUGAGCUUUUUACGAGGGGAGGGGAGGGAGAGAGGAUUAUAGGUAGGUAUGCAUGCAUGCAUGCAUGGCAUUGAUGAAAGUGAAAUGAAAUGAAGACAAUGAAGAAGCAAG